AUGGAUCCUGCUGGGACUCUUCGCCCCCUCGACGAAUCUUUACUCCGCGAGCUCCCUCAACUGCCCUUGCGUAUCGCUCCUUUGCGAGAGCCUGUCUCUUCACGAACUCUCAGCAUCCCCUCUCCCUUAGAACCAAAUGCCAGUGGUACGAGGGACUCAAGUACUAUCUCCAAGACUGCCCCAAGUGGUGGAACCCUGCCAAACACCAAAGCAGGUCUUCCAACAGUGAAGGAGUUCCUUAACGCAGCUCGAACUAAAAAGACCGAGCCCGCCACGACAGAUCCCCAGUCGAACGUGGAACCGCCCCCGAAACCCAUCCUCCCGGCAUUUGUAAACCUUCGUGCUCUAGAACGCUUCCCUUUCUCGUCUUCUUUCGACGACGAUGCCCUCCACGGACCGCGCAAGCGUCGGCGCUUAGACCUGCAGGCCGAGUCUUUCAGCGAACACUUGCAGUUGCCCAUUCCUCAAGCCCAGAAAGAACAACGCCCGCCGCCAUUUGGCCCUUUUGCUAUUCUAAAUGGACUGAAUGAGCCGCCGCCAAAUGCUGCUCUCCUGCCCCCAAUUGAGGCGGGCUCCUCGAUCUCCCAGCUUCUUACCAAGCCUUCUCAGCGGACUGGUGCGGCUAUUGAUGCUGGAAACUCGAUAGCCAAGAAUGGUACUAUUGGCACCACUGUUGAAGGCCAGGCUGUAGAAAGAAGAGAGGCUAGAAUUGAAGAGCUCCUUGAUGCAACCCUUGAUGAUAAAACCAAUGACGACGACCAUGAUCAUGACAACGUGCAACAAGUCAAUCAAUAUGAUAAUCCAGAUGCUUCCAGACCAGAGCAGGAAACCGACCCCCUCCAGGAGAAUGAGGCGCCCAUGUCUCCCAAAACCCGUGGUCGAUCUCGCAAAAACCUCAGGAAAUGGACCGAUGAAGAAACGACAGCUUUGCUCCGAGGUGUGGUCAAGUGUGGCAUUGGCAACUGGACAGCAAUUCUCGCCCAACCAGAACUCAAGUUUAACAAGAGGACGGCCUCGAAUUUGAAAGACAGAUUCCGAGUAUGUUGCCCCUGGGCAUAUCGAGCAUCUGAUCCCAACGAAGCGACAAAACAGUUGCGAGACCAACUUGCGAAUGCCCUCCUCAAAGCCGAAGCAGACGGCUCUGUCAUUAGGCCUGGAAAGAUCCAGCUGCCGGACCAGAACCUUGUCACUACCGGCCCUGAACCGAGCUCAAGUCACGGAAGUACACCCGGUAGCUCGCACACUUCCUCCACAUCUAGCAUGUCCGCUGGCACGCCAGACACAGAGCAAGGAGGUCUCAUAACCCCCCAGCAGGCAUCUCCGUCAGAGAAGACUCCGCCAAUAGCUUCUGAUCAGUCCAAAUCGACCAUAGCAUCCCUGGGCCUCCCAGAAGCACACGUCGCAACGAAAAUCAAAAGACGCUCCCGCCGCCCAUUCACAGCGGCCGAGGACGAGGCACUCCUCAAGGGCUAUGCCGUCCACGGCUUUCAGUGGACUUUGAUCCAACAAGACAAGCGAUUGAAUCUCAGUCAUCGCAGAGCAACCGACCUGCGUGAUCGCUUCCGUACAAAAUUUCCGCAUGCAUAUCGCCAUGGAGGCUCGGUCAGUGGCAAGACUAUCACCCCGCAAACUCAACCCCCAGUUCCAGCGGCGAGUACACCCGGGCCGUCAUCGCAGACUCAGAAUCUGAGUAACGAGUCAACCCCGACAAAUGCCCAGCUUACAACCCAUCGUCCACCGAAGUCACAUAGCCGGCAACCAUCCAGCAUUUCAAAUACCAAUGUUGGACCAUUGGAUUCCGCAUUCUUGCCCCCGCCACAGGGUUACUUGGAGCAAUCUUCCAAUAUGGUGCCUGGCGCUCUUUCGUUCCCGUCUGAUGACACUGCUGCAGGAGGACCCCCGUCACCUUGGGAAGAUAAUACGCUUGCCCCCAUGGUUUGGGAUGAUCUCGGCUGA